GCUGGGGGUCAUUAUAUUUAUAUAGAUGGGCAUAUGCACUCUAGAAAUUCAAAUAUAGCUGCCCUUCUGGCCUAAACCAGCUAUGGUUUUCCGGCAUUUAUAUAUUUUUGACUUUUACACUAUAUAGAAUUGAAAUUGUACGCUAAUACACAAUACAUAUUCUCGUUAUAUAUGCUAUCUCUAUCUAGCUCGCAUGGAAUGACAGAAUACAGAGUGUAUACUACCGUAUCAGAAACAGUCGUUGCCAGCUUUGCUAUGAAACGUUCAACACCAACUCCGGAAAGUAGCUAUAUAUUAUGUAAUGUCAAUUACAUAAGAAAACUUACCCAUUUAAGCUUCGCUAUUUGUGGGUACAUAUACACGUGAUUUAAAUUCGUCAGUCAAAUUCCGGGCCAAUGAGAGCAAAUCUUCAAUGUGUCCUUUCCCGCUGAGCUUCAAGUCGAUGCAGAGUGACGGCGGACUUCCCUCUGUGUACGAGGAGUUGCGUGUCUAUCGAGAAUCCUGCACUCCUAUACCGCUCUCCAGUACGCCACCAGUCACUCACUUCGGCACUCUCACCCUCCUCUCUCUGUAGAAUCGGUGAUGCGCAUUUGCAACAGCCUUUUGAGCUCACGUUGCUAUACCUCCUACCUCCACAUACCAAUCAACGCGAAUCGAGGUUGUAUAUUGACUAAACUGGAGAGGAAUACGCAGUUUGCUUUCUAAUCCACGAACCAAUUGGUUGAUUUCGACCCAAGGUUACCCUACCACCCGAUAUGGCUGGCAAAUCUCGAUUCACACGUCUUGAUGCCUUCGCGAAAACGGUCGAAGAUGCGCGGAUACGGACGAGAUCGGGCGGAGUCGUUACUAUAGCUGCAUUGCUUAUUGUUAUAUAUCUGGUUUGGGGCGAAUGGAAAGAUUAUCGACGAGUUGUGGUUCAGCCUGAGCUGAUCGUUGACAAGGGCAGAGGCGAGAGGAUGGAAAUCCACCUGAACAUGACCUUUCCAAACCUCCCCUGUGAACUGCUCACCCUGGAUGUCAUGGACGUAUCAGGCGAACUCCAGACAGAUGUGGAUCAUGGAGUUAACAAAGUCCGCCUCAGCUCCGCAGCAGAAGGCGGAAGAGUCAUUGACGUGACAGCAUUGUCCCUGCAUAAGAAAGAGGACUCUCCCGCACAUCUCGACCCAAACUACUGUGGAGACUGUUACGGCGUUCCUGCACCCUCCACCGCAAAGAAGCCAGGAUGCUGCAACACUUGUGAUGAAGUCCGUGAUGCCUAUGCGGAGAAGAACUGGGCCUUUGGCCGCGGCGAGAAUGUUGCCCAAUGUAUCGACGAAGGCUAUUCCCAGCGCAUUGACGAGCAACGACAUGAAGGAUGCCGUAUUGAAGGAAUUCUUCGUGUGAACAAGGUUGCUGGGAACUUUCACAUUGCUCCCGGCCGUAGCUUGACAGCCGGAAAUUUUCAUGCCCACGAUCUAGACAACUAUUACCAUACCCCGGUUCCACAUACUAUGACCCAUAUCAUACACAAGCUCCGGUUUGGACCCCAGCUUCCCGAAGAGCUCUAUAGCAGAUGGAAAUGGACACACCAGGAUACCAUUAACCCUCUUGACAAAUCUGAGCACAAGACUAAUGAAGUACGAUACAACUUCCUGUACUUUGUGAAGGUAGUGUCAACGUCAUACCUACCACUUGGAUGGGAUCCCACCUUGUCAAGUGAGGCACAUUCCCAGGCUCAUAGGGACAUUCCUCUGGGCAACCAUGGGGUCUUCUUUGGCUCCCAGGGAAGUAUUGAAACCCAUCAAUAUUCAGUUACUUCCCAUCAACGAUCACUCGAUGCAGAAGAUGCUUCCGCCGAUGGGCAUAAAGAGCGCCAACACGCCCGCGGCGGCAUUCCAUCUGUCAUGUUCAAUUAUGAGAUAUCUCCCAUGAAAGUGAUUAAUCGCGAAACUAGACCAAAAUCUCUCUCUGCGUUCUUUACUGGUGUCUGUGCUGUUAUUGGUGGUACAUUGACAGUGGCGGCCGCUGUCGACCGUUUGCUUUAUGAAGGGAGCUUGAGGGUUAAGAAGUUGCACAAGAGCUGAUUUAUAUACCGUUCCUUCACGUUGUCACACUAUUGCCUAUCUGCCUUUUGGCGGCUAGUCUUCUUUUCAUUUGCUUUUUUGGUUCUUGAGGAAUGAUCGAUUUUGGCGUUCUAUAUAUUGAUCGGUAAAUACGAUUAAAGGGGUUCCUUCUGAGCGAGUUUUAUUAAUCUUUCUGGCGCGACCUUUCUACGUAAUCUUUCAGUCUUUCUACCCUAUAUUUACCCCCCUGUGGAUCGAUGGACCUUCAGGCACACCUUUUUACAUCUAAUCUAUGCAGGGGUGGCGUCAUUUGAGUCGAAUCUUUAGAGCGAAAAAGCUUUUGAUACGCCUAUUCGACAGAUGGUUCAGUCGUGAGAGGAGAAAAGGCGGAUACAAUUGAAAUCAGUGUCCCAAACACUGUAUCUAGCAUUAACCCUUGCUUUCCAUAGACCUUCCCUGAUGCCUUUUGUUUCGCAUUUUGAAAAUCUAACAGUAAUCAAUCUAUCACUGAUUCCAGUUCCCAUCUCAAAACGAAUGCAAUGCAAUGCGUAUCGUGGCGUAUGUAAUACUUAUCAUAGUGUUGCAUGCAUGAGCUGCGAGGAAGCAUAAGAUUUGGGGAGGUAAAAACGCACAAAUACAAUAAAUAGACCAAACUCCUGAUGCAUAACUAGAAAGGAAACAUAAUGACUAUAUAGGUAGACGGAGGUGAGCGUUGAUAUGAGGGAUUCCGGGUAACCGAGAUCUAAAUGGUAGACAAAGCGGACAAAGAAAAGAAACGUUAGGUCCCAGGUCAAGGUGAUAAAUGAUGUGUACUUGAGAGUAGAAAAUGACGACGGGAAGGAAGUUCCAAAAUGAGGAUCUGGUUAGAAAAGGACAAGUAACGAAGGAUGAGAAGACAGAUGGAUGUGAUUGGAAAAUGGAGAUGCGGUCAUGGUCAUUAACGACAAGAAAGAAACAAAAAAUGAAGGCAAUAACUGUGGAAAUGGCAAGGAGGGUAGGCUUCUAAGUUACUGAGACAGUGUAAUGGGCGAAAAUGAAAUCGAGUCGAAACAGAAAAGAGAUUGAAGGGAUGGAAACAGUAGAUCAUGAGCUCAGGUUAUGCAUGGUACUGAGGCUGCCAUUGCUGCCCCUGAGGUGGCGCAUAAUAGCCUGCCUGUGGUGGCUGUUGUGAUUGCUGCUGAGGGAGAUAUGGGAAUUGCAUGGAUGCAGCAUAUCCAGGGGAUGUACCCAAGGGUUGCUGAAAUUGCUGCUGCAGUUGGAACUGAGCUUGGGCCUGUGCCUGAGCCUGUGCUUGUGCUUGUGCUUGGUACUGUCUCUGGGCAAUGGCCUGCUGUACUGUUUGUCCACUAAAACCAUCCUUCAUAGCUUUCCUCUCACGCUCCCGGGAAUCAAUAGUACUGACAAGUCCGGAUCCAAAUUGUGGGCUCUGGUUAUUAUUCAAGUUAAGAAACGAAGAUCCAGUCACACGGGCUACAUGCUCUUGCUCUCGAGCAGAGAGAUGACCAGAAAUAUCUGGUUGAGCUAGCAUUCGGUUGGCGCCCCGCGAAGAAGGACGAGCAGGAGCAUCAAGAGGUCCAAGAAUGACACUGGCACCACGAGAAGAUGGCCGGGCGGGAACGUCAAGUAUGGUAUUUGCACCGCGAGAAGAAGGGCGGGCUGGCAUAUCUAGCAUGACGCUUGGGCCGCGAGAGUGUGGACGCUGGGGAAGAUGAGUAGCGGAUGAUUGGUGGCGGAUAUAGGCAGACCAAUCUCCUGAUGCCGGCCGGGGUGGAGGGGGUGUAGCUCGAGUUGGCAUUACUGGAAGAUGAAUCUGUGAUCUGGAAGCGCGGUCGUGAACGAACUGUUCUGCUGAGAUACUCGUCGGGCCGGGGGUAAUAGGGCCACUGUCUUGAACCAUCCCUGGCUGCCAGAGAACGCUGCGGCGGCGUCCACGUUCCUGCGUGGGCGGUGGUGGAGAUGGAGACUCGUUCGAUUCCUGGUUGAGGUGCUCAAGUAGACGACCAGUCGAAAGUCUUCUACCUCUUGUUGCGAGGGUACCUUCAGAAGGGUUACGUUGAUGAGAAGAAGACAGAAGUAGCAUAGUAUCAGAUGUGCUGGGUCGUCUUGCGGUAGGUCUAUAGGUAUGUGUGGGCCCAAAGUCGACUUCUGGAAUAUCAGAGCUCACUUCCACAGGAGUAACAGCAGGAUGCUUAUAGCGAGCGUCACCUAUGACAAGAUCAUCCGUCUUUGGCAUAGCGUUACCGACGACUUUCAUCUUUCCCAUCCUCGGUUUCUGAACAGACUGGAUGGACCGGACUGAUGCGGAAGAUUUAUGCGAGCUUGCGUAUGAUGGAGCCACAAUUGAGCUGGCAUCAUCUUGAACAGCAUUCUCUUGUUUAAAUGUAUACUUCGGCUGGGGUGGUGGAGGAGGAGAAGGUGAGCGCGGUCGCCGUAUAAUUCUGUCUAGAGCAUCCAUAUCGAUGUUAUCUCUCAGGCUUCCCAGGGUAGACGCUGUUCUCACACUCGCUGUCUCCGCGAUAGGAAUUUCUGCCGCAACAGGUUUGCGAGCAAUUGGCUUAUGCAAUGGUGGGUUUUGAGUGCCAUCCUGCUGCUUUACCGGAAACUGUCCCUCAGUUGGUGUAUCAGUAGUGUUGAUAUUGACUCCGACGUUUACGUUGCUUGUAGUAUCGCUGGGGGUUACAGGGCUCCCCUGAGAGUAAUUUGAGCUAGACGCACCAAUGCUGUUAAGGCGGUUAAGUGUUGGACCUCGGGGGUCAGCUCGUUGCCCCGUUCCAAUAUCGGUCUCCUUACUAUUAUCCUUAGCUGCAUUCCAAGCAACUGUAGCACCUGCCACUGCAAGGCCAUUUGCUUUGCCAUUUUUCUUAUUCAUAUCCACCAACUGAUCUAGCGUACCAACAGACAUACGGUUCGCGGCAUGGCCAAUCUCUGGAGAUGGCUGGGGUUUGAACUGAGGCGUUCCCCGAGGAUCAUGCGAGAAAGCAGGUGACACUGGCACACCCUGCGGGGGCGGGUUAGGCUCCAAGCUCUGCAUAAUUUCCAGACGGUCAACAGGGCGAUUGUUGUCCAUGAAAGCGCCGCUGUCAGGAGAGCUGCGGCUAUCUGUUCCAUCAACUUCGGAGGGUCCA